AUGGAGCAGAAGUUGGCUAGAAUUGCUGACGUCUCAAGGAAAAAAUACGAUUUCGUUGUUGUUGUCGGCGGCGGCGCUGCAGGCUGCAUUGUGGCAGCCAAGCUGAGCGGGAACCCGAACACACCUGUCGCUUUGUUGAAGGCAGGCCCCGCUCACCUCGACGGCCCGCUAGUUUGGAAGAUCAAUGCUUCCGAACACGAACACGAAGACGUCGGCGUGAUUGUGGCCGAGUUCGAUUAUGGUGGACAAGUGCACAAGGUCUUUGCACGCAAAGAGGUCAUUGUCUCUGCUAGGCACGUCUUGGAACUCAGCGGCAUCGGCGACCGGGAAGUCCUUGGGCCUCUGGGUACCACUGUCCGGCUGGACUUGGCCCCGGCCGGCACGAACGUGCAGGAACAUGUCGCAAUGGUUGUCAGCCGGAUUCAGAUGGUCGGAGAUCGUGGCCUGAUCACUUCCAGGGUGCUCGACGACGAGGAGUCUGCCGAGAAGAUUCAGUUUGCUGACCCGAAGGUGCGGCCGGCAAUCGACCCGCACUACUACGAGGAGGAUAUCGAUCUGGAUAUUAUAGCUAGCGCAAUCAAAAUUAUUCGCAAGGUGACCCAGACGGAGCCAUUUAAGGCGCUUGUUGUCGAAGAACGGCUUCCUAGACGAAGCGUUAAAAUCGACGAAGGGACGUAUGGUACCUGGCAGUCCGCGCGAGUAGGUGCCGAGUCGCGACGUACAGCAUAUGUUCGCGAGAACACCUAUUCUGGUUGGCACACGGCUGGGAGUAUGUCAAUCAAGCCUCGCGACAAGAAUAGCGUCGUUAACACGCGACCCAGCGUAUAUGGUACCAACAACAUCCGCGUUGUUGAUUUGUCUGCUCUACCCAUUCACAUGGCUAGGUAAUCGCGAAGAUGGGCAAAUCUCCAAGCAUCACACCUGUGCCCUGUGGGUAAAUUCUGAUCGUUUGCUGAGUCGUGCUAACAGCGUGUGACGUUAUUAAGCGCGACUGUCAGUAGUGUACAGAGUAUUUUUGUGUGUGUUUUCCUAGAGCAUAACUCGUAUAUGACUCGUAUGUCACCCACAUGCCCCGAAAGUAAACUCCCGUUUGCCUCUUGAAAUCUGUAUCGUUA